CUCCAGUUCGUGAGUAACGCUUGCGAACCAAACUCCCAUCUCUAUCUGUUCUGUUUUUGAUGAAAUAAUUAAAUAGUUUAAAAAUGUCUAAAGAUGAUAUUAAGGAUAAAGUGCAAAUCAUUGACAAAGAUCUAGAUCUGUCCAAUGCCGGCCGUGGUGUUUGGCUGGUCAAAGUACCGAAAUACAUAGCCCAGAAAUGGGAGAAAGCUCCAUCCAACAUGGAUGUGGGGAAACUGCGUAUAAGCAAGACACCGGGACAAAAGGCCCAAGUGUCGCUGUCGCUAACACCCGCUGUUCUAGCCCUCGAUCCUGAAGAGAAAAUACCCACCGAACACGUUCUAGACGUGUCCCAGGUGACGAAGCAAACGCUUGGCGUUUUCUCCCACAUGGCGCCUGCUGAAGCGGCUGCAGCUGCUGCUGCUGCAGCCGCGGCUGCUGGUGGCAACAGCACAGAAAAUAGUACAAGUGCCUCACAAGUGUCAGCCGCACCGACAGACAACGAAAAAUUGUAUAUGGAAGGUCGGAUAGUGCAGAAGUUGGAGUGUCGUCCCAUAGCAGAUACCUGUUACAUGAAAUUGAAAUUGGAGUCCAUAAGAAAGGCAUCCGAGCCACAGCGGCGGGUGCAGCCCAUCGAUAAGAUUGUGCAAAACUACAAACCUGUCAAGGAUCAUGCCCACAAUAUUGAGUACCGUGAGCGCAAGAAGGCAGAAGGCAAAAAGGCGCGUGAUGACAAGAAUGCUGUAAUGGAUAUGCUCUUCAAUGCAUUCGAAAAGCAUCAAUAUUAUAAUAUAAAAGAUCUGGUCAAGAUCACAAAUCAGCCUAUAAGCUAUUUAAAGGAGAUUCUCAAGGAUGUCUGCGAUUACAAUAUGAAAAAUCCGCACAAGAAUAUGUGGGAAUUGAAAAAAGAAUAUCGCCAUUACAAGACUGAAGAGAAAAAGGAAGAAGACGGCGAGGAACAUAAAUCCGGCAGCGAUUCGGACUAAUAAUAGCAUUCCUCCAUUCAUAAAUUACUAUUGUUUUUUAUACUUACAUUGGUUAUAAUAACAAUUAAAGGAUUUUAUUGAUCUGCAUUUUA